GGGAGGGAGGGAGAGGGAGAGAGGCUCACAGAGAGGAUCUCGGGGCAGCAGAUCCGUUUUGCUCGGCUGAAAGACCAAACACAACGGGAUGGAUUUCUGCACGACGUGAACAAAAGAAACAAGCCAGGAUGUCUGGGAUGGACGUCCCCCUGGUGGACCACAACGACACUGGAGUCUCCCCAAUAGACGACGGGACCUUCCUGCGUUUCUCUCCGACCUCCGUCUCCACGUCGGCCGCCGCCUCGUCCCCGGGACGUCCGGGCAACGUGUACGUCUACGUGUGGCUCUUCCUCGGCCUGCUGGUGUUCCUGCUCACGCUGCUCAUCAUCUCCCUCCACAGGCUGAAGAACAUCAUCUCCUCCUCCUCCUCGGUGCCCGACUGCAGCAGCGAAGGGGGGAGCUCCUUCACCAACAUGGAGAUCUGUAGCAUCUCGUCCCAGAGGUCCACCAUCUCCUCACUUUCCACCUGAGGGAGGGAGAUAUGGGGAGACAUAUGGGCAUGCACACACAUGAAGAUCGAGCUCCUCACUCUUCUCUGUGACACAGGGACACAAACUUUACUCCAUGCAUGCAUAUUCUCUCCCCCUGAUGAUCCAGUGAGUCACAAGGCAUGAGUGUGACUGAGCCUUAUUUCACGGACGGUGAGACCAAGCUGGAAAUUGCCUUCCCUCUGUAGGAAAAAAAGAGGAACUAUAUCUUCCCUAAUCCAUUUUGGUAAAAGUCAUUUCCUGUGCUGUCCCUGUCAUAUUUUACGAUAGAACAAAUGAAGUGGAUCUUUGUACAGCUUGUCUCAUAGUGCCAGUCCACUCCACUGCAACAAUCAGCAUUAAAAAUACCACUUUGUACAGACAUGCAUGAUUUUGCCUCCAUAAGAGAUGCUGUAACUCAUCCUACUUGCACCAAGCAAAAGGAAAGAUAUCUUGAAAAGCGUGUACAUGCCAUAUCGGUUCAUGAUCCCCCAGGUUUGGUUGAGACUAUGUUGCACAAAAGGAGCAAGAGACGCGGGGAAGGUGAGAGAGAAAUGAAGGAUGUCGAGUAUUGACGGGGACUCAGCCUCCGACUGCAGCUGCAGACAGACCGGGUCAGAAGUGUCAGAAACUACAGGAUUAAAGUCGGUCUCCUGAAGGACGGGUCUACCAGCGGAGCGGAUUACCCUCUCCUGCCUGUCAGCUCAGGUGGCUCCAUAGUGACUGAAGCAUGAGAGCUCCAUGCAGCUGUCAGCCGUGUGUGUAGUCCGGGCUUAACGCUACAGUGAUGGUUGUUCCUGCUCAAAAUACAUUGUUUUAAAAAGAAAUUCUGUGAGAUAUUGUUUUUUUUUGACAUGGUUAAAAAAUGAAAUCAUUGGAAAAAAAGGUUCAUUCAUCUUUGUCACAGACGUUCAUGUGACCAAUGACAAAGUCCAGUCCUCAAAUUCUUUGCAUAUUUUAUUUUUCUUAUCAUCAUUUUUUUUUUUUCAACUCACACAUGUCAUAUUUUACAUCUUUGCAAUAAAACAUGAAUACAAUAGUUUUUAGGGUUUCAUAGAUCCAAAAAUAUUUAACCUUUUUUUUUGGAUACGUAAGUUGAACCUGUCGAUAGAGUAUGUGCAUGUGCGCAUUUGAUCAAGAUGGCUUCACACAUACAGUUCGUCCCACACGUCCCCCCCCCCCCCCCCCCCCUCAGCCUCUAUCAGCUACAGAAUCAUGAUAUUGCUUACAACGGUGAGGUUGUAAAACUUAAUAACCACACAUGAGCUCAACGUUUUUUUAAAUACAAACAUCAAUGCACAAAUAAUCCCGCAGGGGAAAAAAAAAAUAAAAA